GCCGCGCCCCUGCCCCGCAGGAACGGCAAGAAGCUGCGCAUGGAUGCGACGGUUGAGGAGGUCUACCACCUGGGCAGGACGCUGGGCCAGGGCGCCUUCUCCAAGGUGAAGCUGGCCACGCACCGCGCCACGGGCGAGCAGGUGGCGUGCAAGGUGAUGCGUCUGCCGCGGCCCAUGCGGUGCGAGGAGUGCCGCGCGUGCACCGCCCGUGGCCUCAUCAUGAAAGAGAUCGACGUCCUGCUCGACCUGGACCACCCGUCGGUGGUGUCCAUGCGCGAGUACUUUGUGCACCGCAACCGGGUGUACCUCAUCAUGGACCUCCUCAGAGGCGGAGAGCUGCUGGACGCCUUGAUCAACAAGGGGCACUACAGCGAGGCCGACGCGCGCACCAUCUUCCAGCAGCUCAUCCGCGGCGUGCAGCACCUGCACAGCAGGGGCAUAGUGCACCGCGACAUCAAACUGGACAACCUGCUGCUGGCCCGCCCCGGAGACAUAACCAGCCUCAAAAUUGCAGACUUUGGGUUUGCCAAGAAGCACCCCCGCGCCGCUGACGAGCUGAGCGUGAUGAAAACGAUGUUGGGCACGCCAGAGUACAUGGCACCAGAGGUGAUCCUGGCGCACCCCGACCUGGGCAGCGCCGCCUACGGCCCCGCCGUGGACCUUUGGUCGUGCGGCGUGGUGCUGUACAUGCUGCUGAGCGGCGUGCCACCCUUCUUCCACGCCAGCGAGGUGCAGCUGCUGCGCCGCAUCGUGAAGGGGCAGUACGACUUUGAGGGGCCCGAGUGGCGCCACGUCAGCAGGCAGGCCCGCCACCUCGUCUCCCGGCUGCUGGUGGUGGACCCAGCCAAGCGGCUGACCUGCCAGCAGGUGCUGGAGCACCCGUGGAUG